AGUCCUUGGCCGAAAAAUCUCCUUUCCAAGUCUUCUCCGCCAUAGUCAAAGCCUUUCUCUCAGUUUCUCACUUAGAUCCCGUUUGGGGCUGCGUCUUCGCUGGGCGAAACCAUUCGCAGCUAAUUAUAUAACUCUUUGUAGUUUAUCCCAUCCGGCUUGGAAAGGUCGAAGGAGAAAUGGGCCUUGCCCGGUUAUUACUGGUAAUCAUAUUCGGUAUUGCCGCCGCAUCAUGGGCGGUGGUGGAGGCUCAGCGAGAGGCGAGGUUCAAAUGCAGCUCGCAAGGUAAAACGUGUCGUUCUCUGGUGGAUUAUUCGUCCCCAAAUGAAACCACCUUAGGCCACAUUCAAAAGCUCUUCAACUUGAAGCACGUUCUGGACAUAGUGGGCGCUAACGCCCUCCCCUCCUCCACCCGAGGCAACCGCACCGUUAAAAAGGGCGAAAUUAUCAAAAUCCCCUUUCAGUGCAUGUGCUCCAACGGCACCGGCUUGUCCAACAAGACGCCUCUCUACACCAUCCAGAAAGACGACACGCUUUCCCACAUAGCCAUGGAAGUGUUCUCGCGUUUGGUCACUUACCAACAACUCCAAACGCUCAACAACAUACCGGACCCUACAAAGAUUCAGCCCGGCCAGAAGGUGUGGAUCCCUCUCCCUUGCAGCUGCGAUCAGGUGGACGGCACUGGUGCCGUCCAUUAUGGAUAUCUGGUGGCUACGGGAAGCUCCUUUCAGCAGAUUGCUCAACAAUACGGCACCACCCUGGACACCCUUCUCGACCUCAACGGCAUUUCUGAUCCCAAGUCCCUUCAAGCCGGUCAAAUCAUCGAUGUUCCCCUCAAAGCAUGCUCCUCAUCGGUGAAAAAUGACUCCUUGGACUAUCCUCUGCUCGUUGCAAAUGGUACCGACACCUACACAGCCAAUGGUUGCGUCAAGUGCAGCUGUAACUCCGCCGCCAAUAACGCCACAUUACAAUGCGAGCCAUCGCAAGUCAAACCAUAUAGAUGGGGUAAAUGCCCAGCCAUGGUUUGCGGUAGUUCAACCAUUGGCAACAUCACUUCUACAAAUACCUGCACUCGCACCAUCUGUGCUUACGAUGGUUAUAACAACCGAACUAUAGCCACCGCUCUUGUCAACGAGUCCACUUGUCCUGCUUCAACAGAAUCGGGAGCAUCCAGGAUCAGCUUCCAGGGCUGGGGUUGGAAUCAUCUUUUCACGGCCCUUCACUUUAUCUGCUUUUGUGUCUGUCUUUUGCAGUGAAUUGAAUGCCACGUAUCCUGUACCUUUAUGAAUUCUGAAUUUUCAUGUAGAACUUAAUCAUUUGUGCUUGGAUGUAGAAGAAAUAAUAAAAGAACCAUUGUGUUUCACAUUUACUUUAUGCUACUUUUUAUCGAAAUGGCAUCACGGAAUUGAUCGAA